AUAAAAUUAUGAAAUAUUUUGAUUAUCUGGUCAUUGACAAAAAUAAAAUUUCACGCGAGCGUAACAAAUGUAGAGCACAAACUGAAGCAGCAACAAAAACUGGCACUGAUCUUAAAUGCAUUUCGUAUGAUGGUAAACAGGACGUAACACUAAAAAAAAAAAUAGUUCACGGUAGCGUAAGAACAAUGCUUCUAAGAGAGGAGCAUAUUACAAUUUUGAAAGAGCCUGAUUCGAAAUUUAUUGGAUACGUAUCUCCAAAAGAAGGCACUGGGGAAGCAAUCCAGCAAGCAAUAGUAAGCUUUUUGAAUACCCAAAAAUAUUGCUUAAACGAACUUGUAGCUAUAAGCUGUGAUGGUACAGCUGUCAAUACUGGAUAUAAAAUUGGAGUAAAUGCACAAAUGGAACGUUAUUUACAAAGGCCCUUGCAGUGGAAUGUGUGUUUGUUACAUUUCAACGAGUUGCCUCUAAAAAAGUUGUUAACGCAUUAUAUUGGCAAGCAGAAAGGACCUGGUGUUUGGCCAGGGGUGUUGGGGUCUGAAAUUAUGACUUGCACCAAAUACCCGGUUGUAAGUGGUUUUGAGGCUAUUGCUAUGGGAGUUAUUCCUGAAAAUAUUGGCUCUUGGGAAUUACGCAAUGAUCAGCGUUAUUUAUUUGAUAUGGUUUUGGCAGUAAAUAAUGGUGAAUGCGAUGAAUAUCUCGCUAGUAAGAGCCCCGGUCCCGUCAGUACAGCUCGGUGGCUUACAACAGCUUCCAGGUUACUUCGGGUAUAUGUUUCCAAAGAAAGCCCGUCAGCGGAGUUGCGAAACAUGGUAGAGUUUGUUGUGAAAGUUUAUGCACCAUUCUGGUUUCUUGUAAAGAGCCAGCCACAAGCAAUUCAUGGAAGUAGACACGUUUUUAAGUAUAUUUGCUGGAUACGCGAACUAUCAAAUGCUGUUCAAGCCAUUAUACGUUCAGCUAUAGAAAAUAAUGCAUAUUAUUUUCACCCAGAAAAUAUAUUAUUAGCCAUGAUAACCGACGCUGAUCCAGAGAUACGUAAUGAUGGGUACGAAAAAAUCAAAACAGCACGUCAAUAUCCACCAGCAGGGCUUCGCGUGUUCAAGGUCCCAAAGCGUGGCGUAAUAAACUUUGAAAGUAAGUCGUAUGUCAGCAUGAUCGAUUGGAGUCAGUUUAAGAUUACGGAACCCCCUUGUGUGCAGUUCUACCCAGAUAGUGAACUUACAAUGUUUCAAUUUUCGGAAAAUGAAGUGAUAAAUAUCCCAGGUAAAUAUCUUCAAACUAAAAACUUCACGGGUCUUAUAGUACUUUUAAAUCAUUUUUUUUUAGAGUUCCUCUGUCAUUCCCAGAAUACCGAACGGUUUGUGCGUGUUGUUAGUGAGUCUGCAAGUGCUGUCACUGAUGAAAAGCGCCUGGGCCACAUUUUUGCAAAAUUAGAAAGCCGAGACCAAUAUAAAAGCCUUGAUUCGCGCCAAAAUUUGCUUAAGUAGCAAUAAAUAUUGUAAGUGAAAUAACUUUUUUGUUGAUUAUUUUAGUAAUAUAGUUUGAAGGCAACAUUUUCUUGAAUUUUUAAGUA